CACGCAGGGCAGAGCUCUCCGCUCCCAGCGCCUGUGAUAAUAGGGCAGAGCCCGGCGGCUGAGCACAAGGUGGCAGUGUGAGAGCAGAGGACGAGGCAGCAGGAGGACCGGAGGAGAGCAGCGGGCACCUUCCUGGGAACAUCUCCUGCGGGGAAUGGGUUUCAGAGAGGACCCCCAAGGUGGACAACUGAACACGAUGCUGGAUGCCAUGGAGGUACCAAGUCAUUCGAGACAACUUCUCCUGCAGCUGAACAGCCAGAGGACUAAAGGCUUCCUGUGUGAUGUGAUCAUUGUGGUACAGAACGCCCUGUUCAGGGCACAUAAGAACAUUUUAGCUGCUAGCAGUGUCUACUUGAAAUCACUGGUUGUCCACGAUAACUUGAUCAAUCUGGAUCACGAGAUGGUCAGCCCCAGCAUCUUCAGAUUAAUCCUAGACUUCAUAUACACAGGGAGACUGGGAGAUGGUGAGCCAACUAGUGAGCAGCUCUUUGGGGCAGUGCUGGCAGCUGCCAGCUACCUCCAGAUCGCUGACCUGGUAUCUCUAUGCAAGAAGAAGCUGAAGAGAAAUGGAAAAUACUGCCAUGUAAGGACAGCAGGUUACCCAGGAUAUGGGAGCCUUGGAAGGGGGCUGAGAGCCACCACCCCUGUCAUUCAAUCAUGUUUCAAUUCAACUCCAAGACCAGUAGACAUCCCACCUGGAGAACCAGUGAACCCUAUUAACACACACUGUGGAGAGCUCUAUGCGUCUGUAUCUCAGGGGAAUCAGCUGCACCAGCAUGGGCUCUGCCCGCCAGAAAGGCAUUGCUCUCCUUUGUGUGGACUAGAUCUUUCCAAGAAAAGCCCAAGCCGACCUUCUAAUCAGCUCCACUCAGAUACCACUGAAAGCAGAGAGCCCUCCGUACCAAUCAGACCGGACAGUCCCCCAGUUAGUGCCAGUAUUCUGACCAACAGCAGCUCUUAUAAAGACCAAAACCAUAGUUACCCAAAGCUGGACAACAACAGCACCCCAACAGCUCCACACCCUGAGCUUUUUAGAAACAGUGUGUCCAACAGCCACCUUAGGACUGAUAGUCGAGAUCUGAUGUUUGACUGGAUGAAGCCUGAGCCGAUUGGAAAUUAUGUAGAUGAAAGUGACAGAGAGAAAGACUUGGACAGAGAGGAGAAAGGGGAGAGUUCCCCUUUAUCUCAACAACCUAGAUACCCCAGCAUUGAGAGUAAUGAGCCAGAUGAUGAUAAGAGUACCAGUGAGGAGACUGGCAGCAGUGGGGACCCUUCUCCAUCUUCCAAUCUUGAGAGGUACCAUUGUAACCACCUGUAUGAUCCAGAGAGCUAUGGAGACAACCUGUAUGUCUGCAUUCCUUGUGGGAAAGGAUUCCCCAGCAGUGAGCAACUCAAUGCCCAUGUGGAAGCGCACAAUGAAGAGGAGCUCUACCACAAAGAUAUGGACCCACCAAUGCCAUUUCUAGAUAAGACAAGCCAAAGUUUGGGGGACAUCAUCAGGCCCUACCGGUGCUCUUCCUGUGAGAAGUCCUACAAGGACCCUGCCACCUUGAGACAGCAUGAAAAGACUCACUGGCUCACUCGUCCUUACCCAUGUAGCAUUUGUGGUAAGAAGUUCACCCAGAGAGGAACCAUGACCCGUCACAUGAGAAGUCAUCUGGGGCUCAAGCCAUUUGCCUGUGACGCUUGUGGGAUGCGUUUCACACGACAAUAUCGCCUGACAGAGCACAUGAGGAUUCAUUCUGGGGAAAAACCCUAUGAAUGUCAAGUAUGUGGGGGAAAGUUUGCUCAGCAGAGAAACCUCAUUAGCCACAUGAAAAUGCACACCACUGGACCAGAUGGAAAGCCCAAGUUGGACUUUUCUGACAGUGUCUAUGCCAUGGCCAAAUUCACUGCAGAUCACCUAGGCCUUAAACAAGAGAAAGCAGCUGAAAUCCUGUCCCAGACCUCGCACUUUCUCAAUGAUCCCAAAACUAUAGAGAGCUUCUACCCUUUGGCCAAAUUCACAGCAGAACAGUUUGGACUAACCCAGGAAAAAGCUGCCGAGGUCUUAACCCAAAGUCAGCACCUGGUCGGUGAUAGUCGAAUCAUUGAAAGGUUCUCUUCUCCAUAACCCCUUUCACUUCUGGAUCUAGAAAUCAAACCUGCUCCAGAAUAAGAAGAAGAAAAAAAAGAACAAUUGUGCCAAUAAGGACAAUACAGACAUUUUUUUCUAGAGCUCACUUUGCAAUGCCCAUUACUUGGUUGCAGAUUCUGGGCUUUCAAACCGUCAUUGCCAAAGACUAAAGUGGCAGCUUGAACCUGUGAAUCAGCGAGUGGCCAAGAAGAGUUGCCACCUUGGGGAAGCACAUUCAGAGGGACUUGUGCAAAGGCUCUGGUGCACUAUCCCAGAAGAAUAAGAAAAGGAACUUCCUCUACAAUGUAGACAACCUUUCCUCUGCCCAAGGUAGUGGUGAGAGUUGCUGCUUAUUGUCCUAAUGAAUGGUGGACAUUUAUAUAGAAGUCUUUUUGUAUUUUUUUUGUAUUGUAAGGACAAUCAGAUGCAGAAAUCAGUAUUUCCCAAAUGUAUAGUAGCUAUGCAAUAGUAAAUGCCCUGUAAAGAUGUGAAAAGGCUUUCCCAGGUUCACUUGGCAGGCUACUAGCAAUGAAUAGUAACAGGGCAUUGUGCCUAUAAGAAGUCCUUGGGCUGUACUAGUGACAAUGAACUGGGGAUGACUAGAACAAGAUGUGCUUCAUCUGCAAUGCAAUGUGUUGGUAGAAGACCCUGACGCUGACUUCCUAGCAAUUCCAGAGUAUCCACAGGUCUCCUCUUAUUUGUCCAUUUUUGAAGAACAGGCAUGACUCAGCAGUCUGCCUGUUGUGCAAUCUCAACGCCUUCAUUAAGCCACAGCAAUGCAUUCCAGAUCAUAAACAACGAUCCCCACUUUACUGUCAUUAGAAGUCAGGAGACAAGUAGUUAAUGUCUGCCAAGAGACAUGGGAGCACUUUGAUAUCCUGUGACAAGGGAUGUGGCAUUUCAUGAUAGACCAUAGAAUUUAUGGAAGAUUAUGGUGGCUACAUGAUGAACAUCAUAGAUAUGGGUGUUCACUGCCAGGUUGGGGCACUGUGAAUUGACUCAGAAGCCACUCAGAUGUCAAGUGUGGGUGUUCAGUUCCUAGAAAUGAUACCUCCCUUCCCAGUUAUUAUUUCCCAACUCUUCUUCGCCCCCACAUUUUUGGGGGAUCAAAGCAGCAAUGCCCUGGGUCUGUGUGAUUUGGAGAUACUGAUUUGUGCUGUCUGCAUAGUGUAUUAUAUGAUUAUUUUUGUAUUACAAUGAGGUCUCUUGGAGACUAUUGUGCCUUAACCAUUAUACCACUCGAUGCCCAAUGUGUUGUAUGAGCAGCAGUCCUCCAGUCGAGCAGGAGUUAACUGCUGCUACAGCGCUUUACAGCAAUAAGCUCAGGUUUCCAGAAUCAGGAUCUGAGCAUCUAUGCUUUAUUACAUGUGCAAUCCCCCAUUACCUCCAUGACCCUAACCCCCACACCAAAGACAUUAUUACAUUGGAGCAGUGUCAAAACCAAAUCAAUCCCAACCCUCUUGGUACAGUGCCUUAUGCUGAAACCAAAGCCUGCUCAGAGCCAACACAAUAACCACUAAUGGGAGGGGGCAAGGACUGUUUAUGUGUAAGUUAAUGUGCUGACUGUAGAUAAGCAAUCAUUCAAUAUAUUAUAUUAUGUGCCAACUGUGAAGAUGUGGGUACCUGCAUAUGUCUAUAAUAACCUGAGGUCCACAACCCAUGGCAUUACACAGACGUACUCCCACAGCUGCUGAGCUGACAUGGGUUGCCUGCCUCUGGUGUCUUACUCUCACAGGUCACCGUGUGAAUCCUACCAGGAUUAUAUUUUGUAUUAUACGGUCAGUCACUGUGUCACACAAAAAAAAUGAUAAAUGUUAUACUGGUGAUGAGCAGAGAUCACAUCAAGAGAUCACAACCUGAAAUAAACAUAUGCAUAAUACCAUGCUUAUCUCUAGAACUAUUCCUUCCAACCUAUGCAAGACCUAAAAGUCACCUCCAGUAGAUACCUCAGACUUCAACCUGUUCUUCAAGUGGUUAACAUUAAGAGGAAGUUCAUCAGGUUCUGCUCCUGCCCCACCGGUGACCAGCGCUGGAACAUGUAAACCAUUAUACCUUCCCUAGAAUGUACUCCAGCUGGAAAAUGAUUGGGGAAAGCAGGAGCAGAUCAAUCUUGAACACAUACUAGUGCAUGUAUUUUCUGAGGACCUUCAUGGACUUCUUGUACUUAUCUAACUUAUUUUAUAAAGAUGCCUUAUUUGAGGAAACAAAUUAAACAGACUGUGCUUCAUA